UGGUUUCAUAUGACAGAUCCCACCUUCCAGAGAGAAAUAACCGCAGAUGGGUGGGCGAUGGGUGGAGCCAAAUCGUUGACUAUAAAAGCGAGACAGGUCUCCAGCUAAACCAAAACCUUUAUCGCUACCUGCUGUCAGCACUGAAUAGCUGGACGGACACGUUUUUCUGCUGAAGACUCUGGACGCUCAUCGGUGAAAUCGCAUCACAUUUCACUCUGGAUUGACUUGAUUAUGGAAGGGACACUAAAUCUCCUGAGUGUUUUACUGUUUGCGGUAAUUGUCAGAGGAGAGCCUCCUGCCAUGUGCCAGACUCAGCCGAUAAAGGCAGCAGAAGGUGAUGAUGUGACUCUUCAGUGUCGUCUGGAUCCUCCGGUCAACCUGUCUGCUUUCACUGUGGACUGGACGAGACUUGAGAACAAGGAUAUCGUCCACGUCUAUCGACAUCAACAGGACGAUCCUGAUCCACAGACGGAUCAAUACAGAGGCAGGACGACUCUCCUCCAUGAAGACCUGAUCAGAGGAGUCCUGACUCUGCACAUCUCCUCAGUGAAGCUGUCUGACAGAGGACUUUACAAAGGCUUUGUCCCAAACCUGAAGACCAGCUGUGUUGUUGACCUCAUUGUUGAAACGGUGGGAAAAGACCAGCAGAACGAGACAAAGAGAGAUGAUUCCAGCACAACUGGACCUCCAGAGGAAGAAGAGACCGAGCCAGACGGUCGUGGUGGUGGAAACAGGAACCGUGGCCGUGCUGGGAUCAUUUUCAGCGUUGUCUUAUUCAUUCUCUGCCUCGUCGUUUUUGGUGUUCUGCUUCUGAGGAAGAAAAUAACAAUGCAGUGUGUGAAGAGGAUCGGAGUAAGGAAGGAGCAAAAACCAGAGACGGCGUCAAACGGAUCUGAAGGGAAAAAGCUGAACACUCAAGCAGCAGACGGGGACGAGGACCUGGAGGGUAACGACUUGGCUGCCGUUCAUCAUCUGAUUGAUCAGAAAGCACCAUUUUUACCAAAGCUGUGACUGAGCAAACAACAUUAAACCUCCUCAUGGACCAGUAAAGGUUCUACACAUCUCAGGCAGCAAUAAUGACUCUAUCGGGUCCAGAUACUCACUACUGGAAAAGGAACUUUCCAUAGAUCUUCCGAGCCAGUCAACAAUUAGACCUCAACAAAAUCCUGUCAAAUAUUUACACAGGAGAACAUCAGUCAGUUUCUAUGCAUUGAUAAAAUGAAAAGUCCAGACUCCUGGGCCCAAAUAUGCAGGAAUAUUUCACACAUGCCUAAAAAUUGUUAGUGAAGUCAGACUGUUCAAAAUGUGAAAGUGCCCAGAGGAUGAUCUGUUUUCAUGAUCCUCCUACUUUUCCUCUGGCGCCACCAUCAGGUUGACUUUGAGGUUUCAAGUAAAAUACCUCAACAGCUAUUGGAUGGAUUUCCAUGAAACACCAUGCUGACUUGAGCGUUUAGCUCAAAGCACCACUGAGCCUUAAAACAGCUGCGUGGCUUUAGACUGAUACUGAAAGAAAAUAAUAAAAUGCAUUUCCUUCUUUAUUAUGAGGAUUUUUUCAAACAUGUUGGUAAAACUUUAAGUUCCAAUAUUUAACAUUUAUAAGCAGCACAUGCACACUUAAUUCAUGGCUUAUAACACAUAAGUGUUUACAGUUAUAAAAAUGUUUUUAAAUGUUUAUUAAGGUGCUGUAUUCGCCAAUAACUAUAACUUCUCCCAUGAAGACGUAUUUAUAUUAUAUAACUGUGUUUCACCAGAUUGUGACUGUUAUUAAGUUUUUUGUUCUCUCCUUACUGAUUUAUAUAUUUAAGCCUACUUUGUGGUUGAUAUCAGAUUUAUAAUCUUGUAUGAGUUUGAGAUCUAUUAUUGGCUUAAUUGCCAAGAAGUCAUUCUAAAAUAUUGUGUGAAUGAAAAUAAAGUUUUACGUUUGUCCAAGACAGUC